GGUGCGCUGUGUCCCUCGGACACAGCGGAUCACCGAUCCAUGUAAAGAGCCGAAGAUGUCGGCUCGGUCAUGUGAUCAGCUGUGUCCAAUCACAGCUGAUCACAUCAGUGCCACCUGUCAGUGUCCAUCAGUAUCAGCUCUCAGUGCUCAUCCAUGCCACCAGCCAGUGCCCAUCAGUGCCACAUUUCAGUGCCCAUCAGUGCCACAUCGAUGCCACAUAUCAGUGCCUAUCUGAGCUGCCUUUCAGUGUCACCCAUCAGUGCCACCUAUCAAUGCUAGUCAGUGCCACCUAUCAAUGCCAAUCAGUGCCACCUAUCAGUGCCAGGCAGUGCCGCCUCAGUGCCAGUCAGUGACGCCUAUCAGUGUGCAUCAGUGCCGCCUAUCAGUGCCAUAUAUGAGUGCCGCCUAUCAGUGCCAUAUUUGAGUGCUGCCUUUCAGUGCCCAUCAGUG